UGUGCAUGAAGUGCUUUGGAAUUGGUUCCAUUUUCCCGUGCCCGUGCUUGCGAUACCGGCAAGUAAAGCACAGAGAGGAAAGGGCGCAGGUUUUGUUCGAUUAGGGUAAUACCCAUUAUAAUAUUUCGCAAGCUAUGGCAGGAGACGCCAAAGUAGAAGAAGGCCAGUUAAAAGGUCUGUCGAAGUAUUUCAAUUCAACUACGAAUACCGGGAGGGCAAAUGUAGCAAAGGCUACAUAUGCUGGUGUUGGUCUUGUUAUAUUAUAUUUCAUGUUGAAACCAAAGAAGAAGUGAUCCAAAGUUUGUGAGGAUUAGUACCAAAUCUGUAAAUAAACUGCAACUUGUGAUUUAAGUAUUAUAAAUUCUGAACACAGUACAUUGUAUAAAUGAAUACAACAUUAAAUUUUGUAAGAAAUUAAUUUUUAUUAAUCAAUGAGAUCUGUGGCCAAAUCUCAUGAUAUUAAUACUGUCAGUAAUUUCAUUGCAUUUAUAUCAUGAUGUUAUAAAUGAAUAUAAAUAACAAUAAAUACACAGUUGCUUGUUUCUCCAUGUAAGAGGCUUUGUUGUUAAAAUCUUGCGCCACUGGGCAGGAAUCAACAGAUUGUACAGUACUUUUGUAAGCAAUCCAUAAAUCUUUGUUGGAAGUGCACACAGUGCCACCCCCUCUCUUCUUUUGAGAUUCCUGUAACAUUUGACUAAAUGUAGUAAUCAGGUGUAAUAAUUAUCACAAGAGUGACUGAA